AUGUCGCUAUCAGACUUACCAGACCGACCGCUCGUCGUAAAAUGUACCUUUGACAAGGCAAACAAGAAAAUCACUUUCAACUCUGCCAGAAACUGUUCCUUCAAUGUCCUAAAGGAAAAGGUAGAAAAGUGUUUCUCGCUGCGGUCAUCGAUCAUAUCCUGGCGAGACGAUGACGGAGAGACCUCCCAAAUCGUCUCCGAUCCAGACCUAGCAGAGGCCGUCCAAUAUUUCUGUUCUGGGGACGACUCAGCUCCAUUAUCCUCCGCAGCCUCGAUUUUGUCCGGCCGCAGCUUUGGAUCCCGCAAGAUUACCCUGCGAGUCACAAUCACGGUCGAUUAUGACGGCCCAAGUCUCUCCGAUACGUCGUCCCUCGCCAGUCUCGAGGAAUACAGAGGUUAUAGCGGCAAGCAUUCCGAGUACAGUGUCAUUGGACGUUCAGAGGCUUCGUUUGAUUUGGAGGACGACGCCGUGACCGUUAGUUCAAGAGAUCCAACCGGUUCUGUAGCUUCGCAUUCCAGGUUCCAACGACCGCUACGUCAAGAUCCAAAGAGUUCACCUACAAUCGCCUAUCAUUCCAAGACCAACGACGUCGAUAGUGACUGGCAGCUGUCGCUAUCGGACAUUUCUUCCGCCCGCGACUAUCCUUCAACCUCUCACGACUCCAUUGCCCCAAGCGAUGCCGACCUCGCCUCUGCCAGGGACCGCUACCCGGCUGAUCCAUCCGCUGUAUUCGCCAGACUGAAGCUGCAGGAGGAGUUGGGCGAUGAUUCAGAUUGGGAGUCUAUCCGGGGAGAGGACAGAGGCGCACGAUGGCUUCGCGAACAAAAGGAGCGCGCUAUCCGUACAAGGCUCGGAGCCCUACCUGAACCUUCCAUAUCAGAGAGCGGUUCAUUCGACGACCUCAGCGGUGACCUAUCCCUUGAACGAAACGACAGUGGACGAUACUACUAUACCUACAACGCCUCCGCAUCAGGUUCCCAAACCCACGCAUCCACAGACGAAGAUGGCUUCCACCCCGUCUCCGAAGCCGACGAAGUUCUUUCACUGGCAAAUGGCAAGCACCCCAUGAAACCCCGCCCCACAUCCCGCCAUCUCAACUGGCUCGUGGAGCAACGCAUUGAAACAGAGGAGCACCGCAAGCUCCAGUCUUCAGCAUCGCAGUCCUCGCUUGCACAAUCACCCCCGACGAUAUCUCCCUACCUGGAUGAUAACCUCCGACUCUACGCCCAUCUAACCUCUCCCCCUCCAGAAAUCCUGACCGAUUGCUCAAUGUGCGGCACACUCAUCGACUCAAUCCGAUACGUCUGCUCGAUAUGUGGCGAGAAACCACCCGCGACAGUGCGGAAUCAGCGAAACGCACUUCAGAACCAACAACAGACAGAUCGGUCGAUUUAUACCUACCCUCCGCAGCAGCACCAUUCCCACCUCGGUUCAAGCCCUCAAUCCUCCUCCUCCUCUUCCUCGCAGGUCUACAUCGGAAGCGCUGAAACCGUCUAUGCCAACCCAAACAACAAGAACUUGACCCCUCCUUCAGCAUCCGGCAAUCCAUUCGGCUCGUCCUCUACAUUAAGCUCGCGGACGUAUAUCAACCCACCCAAGGAGGGCUACGAAUUAUGUCACCAGUGCUUCCAAGAACACGGGAUCCACCAUGCAGUGGAGGCAACAUUGAGUAACUCGCCUUCAUGGUCAUCUUCAUCGUCAGUCUCAUCUCCUGGAGGCACUCUCCCAGUCGAUCCAUCGACAUGGCGAAGGACAGCACCGAAGAAAGGAGAGCUCAGACACGCAUUCUUUGAGAAAUGCUGGGGCGAUUUUGGUUGGGAGGAUAUCGCUCAAGACGAGGAAGUCGUGUCGAAAUGCAAGACAUGUUCCGCGGUGACGACAUGGCAGCGAUACAAAUGCGCAGCAUGCCCCGACUUCCAUUUGUGUCGGGCUUGCUACAGCCAGGUACACGAUAUCCAUCCACGCGACGCGUUCAUCCUUGUGCCGGACGCCCCGACGAAGACCACUGAACUCGAUGUAACGUCCGGCUCGCACAUCGAUGCAACGGAGGACUCUCUAGAACACCCGGGUGUAACAUGCGCUCAUUGCCUGCUCCCAAUUGUUGGUGCAAGGUUCCACUGCGCCAUAUGUGACUCGGUCGACAUAUGUUCCAAUUGCGAGGCAGCAGGACUUCCCGGGAACCUCGAUGCAGCAGAAAGAGGUCAUAAUUCGUCGCAUAUUUUGAUCAAGUCGAUCCGUGGAGUGCGAUACCAAUGCGCACACUGUCCGUCCCUGCCUUCGGCAUACAACCUCUGCGCGACGUGUGAGGCCAAGUCAUGGGCAAUCCACGACCCCAUGCAUAUAUUCUUCAAAGUUCCCCGUCCGACCGAUUCGAACGCUCUGGAAUCAACAUCUCCGUUCCUUCCUCCUCUGUACCAAUACCCCGCUGGCCCCUCCAACCCCAGCCGUGUCGACGAUCCGCGUGCUUAUCUCAGGUCUCUAUACCACAAAUUCGCAGUCUGCGAUCGCUGCAUGUCACCUAUCGAAGGCGAAUGGUUCCGAUGUGCCAAUUGCUCCAUCGACCUUUGCACACACUGCGAAACGGUGGAUACGCAUGCGGAUGGACAUGUUUUCAUCGUUAUCAAGUCUAUUAUUGACCUCCAGUCCUUCAAGUCCUUCACUAACCCUGACAAUCCUACGCCUAUCGUGCUCUCUCCAGUGUAUUUGUAG